AUGGCUCCCGUUCUGGAGAAACAGCUCCCGGGCGCAGCCGGGGCAGGCGACAACAACAACGAGGAAGAAGAAGGACAAAACCUUUGGUAAGUCCCGCUUGUCUCUUAACAACUUUGGGCUCUUGUGGGCACUUGUUGUAAAAGUCCUGCUGUAAUGGUUCUGCUUUGUCACUGCCGGUUCCCCCUACAGUCAGACACCGGCCCCUGUUAGCUAGCAUUAGCAUGAACACUAACUGUUGGAGCCCUGGUAGCUAACGUUGACAACGGUUGGCUCAACUAUUUGUUUAUAUAUUUCUCUCUUUAUCAGAGAUUUCUACUAAUGCAUAUGUUCUUGUUACUGUUGUAUGGGCAAGUUUGAGCGACACACUUAUACUGUCAGGGGUAUUGCUUUGUCAUGUCAAGACAACACCUUUCUGGACACAACAAGCUAACCGGAACGUAAAUGUUAACAGACUGCUACCAUAACCCAACACCUAAAGUAUGCAGGAAUAUAAUGCCAGCUUUAGUCACCUCUUGUUCUCUAGGAAUGAACUUUUAAGUGGCUUCACCGUGCCGUAUAUUGUUAGUUCAGAUCCAUUGCUACGGAUUUGUACCGGUCAGUGGUUAUAUGACAGAUCAUUUCCUGCUUUUUUAUGUGUUUUUCUUGCGGUGAUCUGCUCGAGACGAUCUUCUUUCAUUAGCUCUGGCACAAACUUAGCGUACGUAAAGGUUGUCUAAGACAGUAACUGUUGUGGGCAAGAAUAUGAGCUUUGACAUGAGGAGCUGCAGAUCCGACAAUCUCACACCUUGGUGUCAUUAUUCUACGUGUUUUGUUAUUUCUUGCAGGACCGAAAUACUGAGUGAAGUUUCAAACACAUCAAGUUCGAAGUUGCCAUCUGGAAAACAUAUCCUGGUGUUUGGUAAGUGUUGCCCAAGCCAUAUGUGUAAAAGGUGCAUGUUAUGGCAGAGAAGAUGUAGGCUGACUUUCAAUCAAUGUGUGAAAUACUGACAUUUGCCUGAAAUACUUGUGAUACAUUACACACUUUUCAAGUCAUGAGAGCAUGAGUGGAGCCAUUGUAUCUCCGAUAGAAAGACUGAACUGUAGAUUUUUGGUACAGCGAUGUUGUAUUUUUGCAGAUUCAAAUGUAAAUAAUGAAAAAUUUCUCGCAGGUGAGGAUGGAUCGGGCAAAACAUCACUUAUGGCCAAACUGCAAGGAACUGAACACAACAAGAUGGGGAGGGGACUGGAGUAUCUGUACUUAAGUAUCCACGACGAGGACAGAGAUGGUGAGUUUACCUGUCCUAGCCUGACUAUUUUUACUUUACAACAGCGUCUUUUACACUAUAACAUUGAUUUAAUGCUGUGAUUGUUUUGACCAGUGUUGUCAUUUCAUUUGCAGACCUUACUCGAUGUAAUGUGUGGAUCCUGGAUGGAGACCUACACCACAAAGGCCUUCUUAAAUUCGCUGUUUCGGCCAAGUCACUACCUGACUGUCUAGCUGUGUUUGUUGCGGACAUGUCACGGCCCUGGACUAUUAUGGAGUCGCUGCAGAAGUGGGCAAGCGUACUACGUGACCAUGUGGACAAGCUCAAGAUGACACCUGAGGACAUGAGAGAAUUGGAACAGAAAAGUAAGUAAUUAUUGAUUUAAUACAUAUUCUCUGAGUACUUGUGUAAAUGUGUACUAAGGAUAAAAACAAGGCUGUUCUCAUGAAAAUAUAGCUUUUCACCUGUUCAAAUGGUACUUUUUCAUUCACUUAGCCAGUUCCCAUAAACACCAGAAAUUUUGAGUUGGAAAUCUAGUUUGAAACUAAAACCCUGGGGGUCUUAAUCAUGCUGUUUUUGACCACCAAAGUGUUAACGUGCUUUUUAACGUAGUUGCCACAUCCCAAAGCUUUUACAGUGUGUUCAGAAAGUUCAUAUUGUGCCCUGAAACAGUAAGACCGAAGUGGUCACAAGUAUUGAUAGCAACAACAAGGGUACAGAUCUUUAUUUCAUUCAAGCACUCCCUUGUUUAUAACUUUGAUAGAGAAGUGUUUAGCUAAGAUGCAGUGGUUUUAUAUCUCAGUCUGAAAAGGGCUAAGACAAAGAAGAAAAUGCACUGAUACAUAAAUGUAAUCCCUAUAGAGGGGUGAAAGGAAACAGCACUCAGAAAAAUUGCCUGAAGCAUCCCAAGGUGGAAGCUAUGGAUGUCUUACAUAAUAAGAACCAGACUCCUCGCUAACUGACUGCCAGGAAAAGGAUAGAGUGGUUGCUGUGUAGCAUGGGAGGCAAGCCGUGUAUAACAUUAUGCAUUGUCAGGGAUGUGUUCUAGGUCAUCAUCAGCUGAUCCUCAGCUGUGUUGUGGCCAAGGGCGAGUUCUGCAGAUCAAUGAGCAUGAUGCACUCAGAUGUUGGUCUCCUGUUUAAUUUUAGACCAGGUCAUCUCUUACUUAUAAAAGCUCCUUUUGUGUUUGGAUAGAUGCUUUUGGAGAUGUGAGUUAGUUCAGCCUGCAAAGAUUUCACAGAAAUGUUCUUGUAUGCUUUCCACAGUUCGCUUGCUUGCUGCCAUUGCUGUUUGAAGUUUAAAUUGACUGACUGAAAAGAUGCCAAUUUUCUGAUCAUUACUGUUGAAUUUGACAGAACAGGUCCUUGGUGUUUUCUUUAAAUAACAUGCUUACUCAGUGACAUGUGGUGACAAGUACUCUGAUGCUUGCAAACAUGAAAAAGGGAAGCUGGCAGCCAAGUGACGCCUCAAGCAUUUUGUUAAUUACUUUUUUUAUUUUACUGAGUACUGUGAGUUUAAAUGGGUACAUGUUGAACUUUGAUUGAGUUCAAGUAGCUGUGUUAUUUCAGUUAAAUGUGAUUAUACAAUGUAGUUGGCAGGAAAUUGCUCGAAAUCCAUGUACCUUGUAUUCAGUCAAGGGGGCUGCAGCAUUCAAUACAGCUGUGGGUAUUUAGUCUUUGUGUUUGAGCUUCAAAAGUAGAUUUUCUUGAGUCAGUAUUUGAAGCUUAACUUUAAAUCUGUUUUUUGGAUUUCUCCGGGGUUCCUCCCCCAUCCUGUCUUUUGCCAGACGCUGGACCCCACCCACUGUGAUGACACAGAUUUCCAGUUUGACUGAGGCAUGUCAUCCAAAUAAAGCAUCUUUAGCCGCAAUGUUUGUAGCAGAUUGGUGAGACUUAGUCAGAUAAGGUAUUUGUAGAGAUGUGUAUGAGGGAGAGAGACUGACUGACACAUAGAAAGUCCGUGUGAGUGGCUUUUGUCGAGAGACUCUUGCAUAUGUCUUGCAUCAUGGUUCCCUCCCCUCUAACAGCAGCAGCGUCAGGAAAAGGAAGGGACAUAAACUGAGUUGGUCUGAAUAAUAAAAGCAGUGGGCCGGACCUCCUGACUCCUGUUGUGCUGUAACUGAAGCAGUGGUUAAGCCAGAUGACAGAAUCAACAUAAUGUAUCCUGACCAAACAUUGAGAGGAGACACAUUUCACUCACAGACUUCUGUUGUAGGUUAAGACAGGAAAUAUUUUUGAGCGACAAAAGCUGAGAAUAGAGUGAGUGCACACGUGUCUUGUACUCUAUUUUGACUGUGGGUCUGAUAUUCAAAUAAAGAGAACUAGAAACCUGGCAGCAGUGAAGAUGUUUUAGCUUUCCAUUAAGUUUUAAAACAGUAGAAGACUAAUAUAAAGCUCUUUUUCUUUUCAUAAGAAUGAUUACAAUUUCAGCAGGACAGUUCACUGUGUGUUUAUUGAAGGCUGAGCUGUCUUCAAUGAUAUGUGCAUUUUGACCUCACCUUUAUUUGUGGAGUAGAUAAAAUUUGUCAGUGGGGCAAAGUCUGUCAAUCUUUGAGCCUUUCACUUUUGUAUUUAAAGAUAUUAUCUGUCUAUAAACUUUGUGUUCAUGGCACGAGACACUUAUUUUUUAAGAAAUGGCUGCUCUUGAGCCUUUCAAACACUUCUCAGAAGAAUUAAUCUAAGAAAAAUUCCAUGUAUUUAUCAUGAAUUUAUCACGACUCAAACUGAGACCAGAAAAGCGUUUUCAACUACUACUAUUACCCUCCCGAUCAGUGCCUCUGCGUCUUAACUCACGUUACUCAUUUCCGCUCCGGUCUCAUCUGGAGACAUGCAGCUGCCUCAGUAAGAGAAGUAGCUCGAUCACUAAUGUGUACUGUUGUUUAUUCUACCGUUACUGGCACGGCUAACAGUGUAGCAAGGCUAAUAGCAGAUGGCUAACUCUAACUUUAGCUUGCAUGGUGCUUCACCGUUAACUCGGCGUGGCCGAGACCAGCACAGCGGGGAACAUGGUGAAGUGGGUUGAACUGAAACUUGUUGACCUAUUGUGUAUUUCACAAACUGGUUUAUUUCCCGUUGAGGUGGACCACUCUCCUCCGUGCGUCCCUGAGCUGCCUGCUUCAGAUCCGUCGCUCCGCUGUGCUGUGAGGUAGUUAGUAGAUGAAGAUUAUCAUGAGGUCGCUGCGCCAUCUACAGGAUAAGUCGGGGAUCUUUUCAAAUGGCGGAACCUUUUUGUAGUGAAACCGAAUCUUAUUCUCCGCAUUUAUUUCUGAAAUUAUCGACAACAGUUGGCGAGUUUUGGCCGAUUACUGAUUAGUCUCAAACAGGCUAAAAUUGGCAGAUUUAACCGGCUUGCCAAUAAAUCGGUCGGGCCCUACUUAUGUUAUCUAAAAAAGGAAUAUUUGGUUUUGUUAGUUGCCUGAUUGAUCUAUUUUCUUGCCUGUCCUGCAAAGAUUAAAUCUCCUUGUUUUUCACUCUGUCAAGACCCCAUGUGUAGCCUCGAGUACACAGGGAGGGAUUAGAUGAAAGUCUGAUGCCUGACUUCUUUCAGCAGUCAUUGAAGAAGAAUUAACUGGUUCAAAUGUCCCACCUGUGUGUUGACGGUAGGGCAAAGAGAGGUUGUCUUAAAUUUCUGCUCUUGGGCUAAAAUGUACGUUCAUUCAACUUCUUGUGCAUAUGUACUGGAUUUGUGUAAUCCCGUAUUCAGGGAGGUUUGCCUUUUGGAUGCUUGUAACCCUCAGCUCUCGUCCCAUAAACUAAAUCCCAUGUUUGAAAGUAAAGGAGGCUCAAAAUGCCAAGUCAAUCUGGCUUUGUGGGCUGUCCUAAACUGCAUACCCGAAGCUCCAGAGGAAGUAGGCCAUAGCUUCCUGAGUUAGUCCCCCCCCUCCACCACCACCACCAACACGACCACACACCACUGCUUUGUAAAUGUCUGGACAGCUGCGGCAACAAAACAGGAAAGUGAAAGAUGCCGUUUUCUCACUGCCCUUCCCCAAAACCUGUGACCUGUGUCAUAAACACAAUCUUUCAUCCAGAUAGAUGACACUUAACUAUGAAAGAGCCAUAACUGCACCGGCAUGAUUUAUCUGCACUUUUGCAUUCAGGUUUUGAAUUUUUUUUUAACAAAUCUGUGGGUUGAACAAGAAACAUUUUAAGGUGUCGAUAAGUCUACUCUCAGUGGUCUUUGAUGCAUUUACGGACAUAGUUAAGGCAGUUCUGCAUAAAUGUGGCUUCAUAACUUAAUUAAAGAUAACAUUAAAACAAUAUGAUACAUAGACUACACUACAGGAAGCAAUUCUUGGAUUUACUGAUUGAUUUUUUUUUUUAAUCCAUUUUAUUUCACCAUUUAUUUUUCUUUGAGUAUUGGAAGGAGUUUGCUCUAUCUUGUCCGCAGCACACAUCCAUCCAAAGUUGCAGAUUAAUUAGUGGUGCAACGGAUCAUUAUUGAUCCGUGAUCCGUUCGGAUCGACGUAUUCGGUUCGGCACACAUGUGAUCCGCGGAUCGAUUUCUGAAAGCGGAGAAAGGAGGAGCUCGAACGCCCCGCGACACUUAAAUCCCCUGUAUGGGAGCAUUUUGGCUUCCCUGUCAAUUAUGAUGAAGAAGGAAAGAGGUCAGUGUACAAAACUGCGACGGAGUGUAGGCACUGUGGCAUAAGAAAGCCAUAUGACAGUGGAAACACAUCGAGCAUGUUCACGCAUUUGAAGCGACAUCACCCGGGUGUUUUACUGACAGGUGUUGUGCCGUAGAUUGCACCCCUGCCGUAGAACGCACCCCCUGCAUCCCCUCCACCCGUUAGCUUCUUAAAGUGGAGAUAAUGAUCUCAUAUUUGAUAUGAAUAGCCUGAAUGAAAUUAUUAAAGGCAAACGCUGUUGAAUACAUCCAACGUAAGGAAAACUUGUAUUAUUUCGCCUUGUUAUGUACUUUCAACCGCGCUCCCGUUAGGGGGUGCACUAUACGGCAGGGGUGCAUUCUUUGGCAUAACACCUGAGAUAAAACGGAAGCUGCCCAACAACCGCUCAUCACCGCAGCAUUUAAGCAGCCUCUUCCUGCGCAAUCCGACCAGGCUAAAGCUUUCACAAACUCUAUCGGUGUGUUUAUAGCUGCAGACAUGAGGCCGUAUUCAGUUGUGCAAAACGAGGGCUUUAAAAACAUGCUGAAAGUGCUUGAGCCACGUUACGACAUCCCAUCGCGCACACCCUUCAUUUUUAGUUCAUUGUUACAUUUUAAAGGAAGGAGAUAUGCCUGUAUAUUGUACUUUAAGUUGUUUUUCAUUAAUAGUUAUGUUAAAAAGAAGAUAUUAUGCCCUGUGCACUACUUUUAUAUAUUUUAUUUGUCUUGUUUUUUUUUCUUUUUGCUGAUCCGAAAAAAUGAUCCGAUCCGUGACUCUUGAUCCGAGGAACGAUCCGAUCCGUGAGUUUUGUGAUCCGUUGCACCACUAAGAUUAAUGCUCAAACAUGUAUGCCAAAUUUUGUGUAAUAGGCACUUGGGUAUAAGAGACAACAUAUAUCAUGAGGACAAAUGUGCCCCAAGUGUUUUAUCACCACACUGCUAUGUAAAUCUGUGUCGUAAUGAAUCAAAAUGUUGAGAGAAAACAUCCACAGGUGCAGGUAAUUGAAUGCCAGCUUGGUGAAAAUUACAUAUCUUUGUUUGACAAGAUGUACAAGGAUAUCACGAGGGGUCAACUGAAAAGCUCUUAUGGUUUAAUUACACAUUCAUAUAUAAAGCAGAUUCAUAACUUGUCUUGAGAAGAAGUCACGGAUACAAUAUUGAUCCUAAUAACUAAGCAAAAGUGACAUUUCUUCUGCUUUGAGUUUCUUGUGAAGUCCACCCAAACAUGAAAGAUCUGUGAGCUGCUCCAGCCUGGCUUGAGGCUCUGUGUAAUUUCAGCCUGGGUCUCUUCUAAUGUGAGCUCUUUUAAAGCUCAAAUUAGGAAGCUGAACUGGCUGUAAUCCUACAUGUCAAACCUAUUUUAUAUCCUGGAUAAAACUGACAAAGUCCCCCCUAAACAUCUUUGUGACCUUGUUUUAUUUUCCAACUUGGCUUCUACUCUGCCAGAAAGUUGACUGACUUUUUCAGCCAUAAAAAAUCAAGACUGUUUAGCCAAACUCUAGACAUCUUCACGCUUUCAACCAAACGCGUUCAUCCUCCUUCGCUAGCAAUGCUAUUUCUGUUAUACUAAAUCUGAGGGAGCAGGCAGGAUGGAGGAAUGAUGGGUACGGAUGGAUCUGUAGAGGUCCCUCCACUCUGGUCUACUGCAGCUCAAACAGAACUGCACUUUUUGCCCGGUACACCCCUGGUUUAAUCCUGUCACAGGUCCACAACAGUUUAGGGUCACUUUUGGUACUGUGAUCACUACAUCCCAAGCAACAGGGGGAUGGAUAUGAGUGUUGUAAACAAAAAACAACACAUAAUCCAUCUUUAUUGGACUCGUAAGCAGCUGGAUGUUGACUGGAUUUUAUUUCUUUGUCUUUCCACUAGUGGUGAAAGCAUUUCAAGAGUAUGCAGAACCAGAAGAUGCCAGCCAGUCCUCACCGCAGAGACGACCCCCAGCAGCAGCAGGGGAAGAUGAGUCUGUUGUGCUACCACUCGGGGAGAACACACUCACACACAACCUGGGCAUUCCAGUGCUGAUAGUUUGCACAAAGGUAAAAUAUUCCGACAAUGCAGGAAGUCUUGUGUGUAAAUCUAUUCACCGUAACCUGGGAUCAGAGGCACAUUUGACUAAGUCUAUUGAUUUUAUUACCUGGUUCACCUUUUAACUAUUUUCCUCUGUAGGUUUUGCUCUGAGUUGUCUGGGAGAAAAGGCUUAGUUUUACAUCUUAACAGCCACCCUCAGCAACAGUUUUUAUCAUAUGGAUCCUUGAAUCGUCACCACAUAUAUAGUCUGUGUAUUACUGGGUGACUGUAAUAAAAAUCUAGCUUUGUAGUUGCCUAUUAAACCUCUGGGCAGGGAGUAAUCCUAAAGAACGGCGCUCCUGUCAGGAGGGAUUCAUAUGCUAGCUGUGAACAAAACAAGUGAAAUGUUGUUUUUUAAACUUUUUAUGGCUUGGAAGAAGGAGUGAUCAUUUAAGACCAAUAUUUACUCUUCAUUUUAUGUUCCCGAAAAUAUUUGUAAAACUGGAAAUGUGCUGUCACUGAGGUGAUCAUAUAAAGAGGCAUGCCUAAGGUGGGGCUGUGGCUAAAACUGCAUGCCAUUUCUCUGUCGUUUCGAUAUUUAACCCUUUCCGUCUCCUGAUCUUUUACUCUACAGUGUGACACCGUCGGCGUACUAGAGAAGGAGCACGACUACAGAGACGAGCACUUUGAUUUCAUCCAGUCCCACAUCAGGAGAUUUUGCUUACAGUGUAUCCUUGCCACAGUUACUGUGUUUGUAACAUCGAUCGAUAACACACAAACCGGUAGAGUUUAUUUUUGGGCUCAGGAUAUUUUACUUUAUUAUUAAUAAGUCAAUGAAUAAUCUGUGUAAGUACCAGAAAAUGUGUUGCCUUGACGGAAUAAUCAGAUGGAGCUGGUUUGAUCUAUACAUCAGUCAAAGAGGAGAAAAACAUGGAUCUCCUUUACAAAUACAUAGUACAUAAGAUAUAUGACUUCCAGUUCACCACACCUGCCUUAGUGGUAGAGAAGGAUGCAGUGUUCAUGUAAGUACAUUGUUUGUUUAGUUUCUUUGUUUUUAUUGCUCUCUCUCUCUCUCUCUCUCUCUCUCUCUCUCUCUCUCUCUCUCUCUGUGCCACCCUUUAUUCAGCUGUUAUUAUUUAAGGUACUAAAAUGUAAACUUCUGAUAGAAAGGAAAGAUUGUACCGUGCAUUUCUCUUUGUUCUUUAGUCCAUCUGGAUGGGAUAAUGAGAACAAAAUUGGGAUUUUGCAUGAAAACUUCUCGACAGUCAGACCUGAAGAUCCGUUCGAGGAUUUCAUCUCGAUGCCUCCAGUAAGAAAGGUAUGGUAAUGCAGAUAUUGGGGAAAAAUAUGACGGGUUUGCAUCCCAAAGUUACGCAACCUAAUUCGUUAUUUGCUUUUCUUCACAGCUUGUUCAUGACAAAGAAAUAAAUGCAGAGGACGAGCAGGUAUUCCUGAUGAAACAGCAGGUACGCAGCAUGUUGUCACUAUUCCUGAUUCUCCUAUAAAGUUUGAGAGUUUGUGUCCUUUGUGAGACUUUAACUGUGUAUGAGUGAAACUCAUGUUUUCUUGGGUGAGCAUUUGAAACUUCCACAUGACCAACACCAAAACCUUCACUUCCUAUUUUUGAAACAUAUAAAGCAGGAAGGGAAUCCAAAGUGACGCUCAACAGAGACGGUACCAUUUUAGAGAAGUUUUUGGUGUUUGUUGAGCUCUCCUUUUAACGAAACCUGCUGUUUUGCUUCUAAAUUAUGACUGGCCUAACUCCUAAAGUGUGUCUCGUGAAAUCUUGAACACCAAAAAAAGUUUCUUAUGAUAUUUCAGUGUGUGACAGAGGUAGAGAGCUGUCUGAACAAAGAUUAUUGAAGCCUUUAUAAUGCCUGUAUUUAUUCUGUGAGGGAGAGAGUGUUUAGUUUUCCAUAAGGGAGGAUAUGAUGUUGUGGAGGAGUGAGGAGCAGAAGACUCCGCAGAUGUGAUCAGAGAGUCUGUGAAGUGUUUUUGUUCAUGGGAGGAGACAAGCAGAUAUUACUCAAAUCUGUCUCUGUAUUUCAGUGCCCUGUCCCCGAAGGACUCUGUGGCAUAUAAAUUAUAUGACAGUGAUCUUCUUGUCUUAUUUCGCUGUAAUCAUAAACUUCAGUCUGCUUCCAUUUAAACUCAAAUAUAAACCACAGAACUGUAACAGCAGGAAAAUGGGCUUCAUACAGACGAACAAAAGUUUUAUAUGAACUCACCACUUCAGUCUGUAAUUGCCUGCUCCAGUCUACUGCUAUUGCAGAAAGUUGUGUGUUAAAGAAAGAAUGCAGCCUUUACCCUGUGUAGGUAGAUUAUCAGCAUUUAAGCCUGAUAUGUUUUUGAAGAUGAACAAAAAUCUUGUGUUCAUGUACGUUUGAGGAGGGGAAACGAGAUCUGAUUAUGAGUCGUUUCUGGAAACCAGUGGUUGAUACUUAAAGCUAGUCAUUUGUUUUCCGUUCACUAAAAACCACGUGUUCUUGCAAGGUUGGAAAAAGUUUGAAGAUCAGUUGACUACAGCUGUGAAGUCCAGUCUUUCAGGUUUUUAAAACAAAAUAUAAAUUAGGAAAGAUGUAUUUAAACCUGUUUGUUUGAAGUACCGUACUUUAAAACAACCUCUAAAUCAGCCCCUUUUAUGUUCAUUAACAUGUUUUUUUCUCUUUUUACACAGUCUUUGUUAGCAAAGCAACCAGCCACGCCAACAAGAGGAGCAACCGUAAGUGUCCUUACAUCCCUGAAAUGUGAAUUCUUCUCUCGCACGAACAACCAUAGUUUUUGUAACAGCUGGGUCGCUCUGGUUUCUGUGUUACAGGAGUCUCCAGGACGGACAGCCUCCGGGUCUCCCAGGCCUGCAGGUCGAGCUGGCCAACCCACAGCGACCAGCGGCUCACCUAUGGCUGCAGUCAAAAAGCCUGACCCCAACAUGAAAGGUGUGCAUAUUAUUUAUGUCCAUCCCUCACUGUUAAAGAGUGAAGCUCUGCUGUUCAGUUUUGGAGAGUGCAGUAUUGCCCCCUAGAGGUAACAACUAAGUAUUUCACACAGAAGAGUAUUGCUACACAUCCGCUGUGAGUCAGUCUGUCACCACUAUCUCAACGCAGCUCAUAUCAGUCAUUAACAUGAUUGAUCCUGAGAUGGAUCGUGUUAUGAGCUGUCCAGACUGUAAAGACCACCAAGACUAAAUUUCACUGUACUUCUCCUUGAGAAGGACAAAGGGCUUUCACACUCCUGAAGUUUGUGAAAUGAGGUUACAAACGUAUUAUACUUAUUGGAUUUAUAUUUUGGAAGAAAUAGCCACCAAAGCUGUUUUAGACCUAUAAUCACAGAUACUGUGCAUUCAAGUAAAAAAACUAGUUAAUUGUUGGUAUUAUUGACAGGAGAAGAGUAGUUUAAUUGUUGAGAAAACAACAAAAUCCACUGUGCAGUCAUCAAGAAAGAGCGUUUCAGUCGCUCUCAAACUGCUAUCUUGUGUUUCUUGACAAUUUUCACAAGAAAUUAUUUUUAUUUUAGUAAGAAAGUGUUUAUUGAUAUGCCUUCUUCUGCUGUAGCGGGAGCUGCCAAUGAGGGAGUGCUGGCUAACUUCUUCAACAGUCUGUUGAGUAAAAAGACUGGAUCCCCAGGAAGCCCAGGAAGUGGAGCAGUCGGAGCUGGAGUGCAAGGGUCGGCGAAGAAAACAGGUACAGACUUCUUUUUUCCAGGUCCCUCACCUCUGAUCCUUGACUCCCUAAAUUCUUAUUUAAUGGUGAACAGUGGAGUUGGGUACCAUUUCAACUAAAAUGAUACUGAUUUGUGUUCUGGUUUUGAAUUUAAUCAGGAUCAGGUUCUGCUCACCUAUUUUGGAUACCAAUUCCACCAUUUCUAGAGAGAAGAAAACAGCUUACAUUUAAAGGACAAACAUUAGCCUGCCUUUACGGUCGAAAUAUUGAUGCUCCAAAAAUUAUCUGUCAAAUGUGUAUUUUUUCCUUCAUUUGUAAAACAAACGGUACUCUUUCUUGUGAGGAUAGACCAACAAGAAAAGUUUGAAACAAAAAAUAGAAAAAUAUGAAAAAAACACUUCAGAAUAUUGCAGGAUUGACAUCUGGUUUUUAUGUUUUAUCUCUCAAAUUCACACCAUGGUCCUCUUUGAUAUGUGUGUCACACAUGCAGUGAAGCUUUGCAAAACUUCUAUUUACCUGCUGCAGUACACCUUGAUUCUCCCUUGUUGAAGUGCUGCGUCACGAAUGGCGUAAUAAUACACCGGCAGGGACUGGCAGAUAUAUUUAACUUCUGUGGUUUGCCAAAUUCUCACAGAGGUUAAGUCCUGGAAGAUUUAUGUUUCUUACAAGAACCAACAAUCACAUGCCCUUUCAAAUCCACAAAUCUCAGAAACUUGGAACUGGUUCUCGAGACCAGGUCUGGUUAGAAGUGACUUAAUGGGGAAACACAUCAGCUUUACUGUUGGAUAUUGAAUCCUGCAUGCUCACUGUAGCAAAGAAGAAUGUUUUAAACAGUAAUAACUUAUGAUAACUUUUUAAAACAGAGGUUUACAAACACAGAAUGUCAGCACACGGAAAUCAAAACAAAUAAAAACAAAAGCUCAGUUCAAACAAGGCUUCAGAGUUGGAGGCCAUUUUCAUAUGUUAUGAGGAAAAACCGGGCCUCUGUUAAAAGCAGCUGUGGACUGUUCUGCUGUCUGGAGUUUUAUCUCUGCAGCCUGAGACAGAAGGUAAAAACAGGAGAAUUCUUGUCCUCUAUGACUGAACUUCUGACUUCUGAGGAAACUUUUGACAGGCCUGUAUGCACGAUCAUACGUUCUCUCCCAUAACACUGAUGGCUCUCUCUUCACUUCAUACUGCACCAGCCUUUUGCCCAACUAAUAAGUUGUACCAUCCUGCUUUUUUUGUACUCUGAUAGCCCAGGAUGUUUGCAUGUUGUGAGUUCAAGCUUCACUACCUUUACCAUUGUUUAACUGAAGUAUAACGAGUCAAGUGCCAUUUCUGCUGUAGCUGAAUGAGUAAAAAAUGGAGGUAAACAUUGUAUUACUCAUCUUUUUCAGCACUAAACAAUGUUAAUACAAUGUUUGUGUGAACCAGCUGAUUUGACAAUCCAUAUGCACAAGUUCCUUUGGUCUGCUCAUCAUUACUAAAGCAUGUGUGUAAACUCUGGCAGCAAGCUGCUAACUUUGCGCAUGGGACUGCAUCACCACCAUCCAACCCCCAUCCAUCUGCUUGCUGGCCAUAGCAACCCUUUUUUCGAUGAUUACACACACAGAAGCUACAGGAGAUUACUUUUGGGCUUUGUCUCCUGUUUUUCCCAAGGGCAGAAGCCGGGUUUGACUGACGUCCAGGCUGAAUUGGACAGGAUGACUCGCAAACAAGACUCCAUGGUUUCAGCUAACAACAUACCACCGCCAACAGAGAAUGAAGCGUGA